UGGACUGCUGGCACCUUAACACUCCUUCAACGGAAAUCGUAGCAACAAUUCUUGAAAGAAGGAUACAGAGCAUAACUUACAUAGUCAAAUUGACUACUUCAAAAAUACCAUCUAGCACAUCAUCAACAAUCACUACGAUCACAAAGAUCGCCCAAGAUGCACGCCAAGCUUAGCAUUUUGGCGCUUGCCGCUGCAGCCUCAGUCCAGGAGGUCUGCGCUGGCCCUAUUCAUCGCCACAAGCACCCCAAGAAGGAGAUCGUAUACGCAUACACUGACGUCGUCGUCGUUACUGAAUGGGUGACCCACACUGUCAUUGCUGGUCAUAAACCCACUGAAGCGCCAGUCGUUGAGUCUCCCCCAAUCGUCGAGGCUCCUGCUGAGGCUCCCUCGGUCGAGAGCCCCGCUCCGGCAGACCCUACCCCCGAGAACCCUCCACCGCCAUCGAGCACAUCUGCCGAGGCUCCUGCGCCUGAGACUCCCGCUCCAGAGAACCCACCUCCGGAGAGUUCCCCUGUUGAGAGCCCUGCACCUGAGUCUCCUCCAGCGGAGAGUCCUCCUGCCCCAAGCUCUUCUUCUGAGAACCCUCCCCCUCCUCCGAGUUCGUCUGAGGCUCCUCCUCCCCCUCCAACUUCUUCGGAGGCCCCUCCACCUCCCCCGGCUGAGACAAAGCCCCCAGCUGAUCCCGAACCACCCGCGUCAACGGAAGCACCUGCUUCCCCGUCGCCUUCUCCUGCUCCCGCAGUCAGCAAGCGAGGUGCCGCGUACAACGACCCGAACCUUGUUAGCGCUAUGGUGGGCCAGACUGAUAAGAUCUCAUGGGCAUACAACUGGGGAUCUGACUCCGGUGGAUUACAAGCCAAGAUUGCUUACUACCCUAUGCUCUGGUCUCCCGCGCCGGACCACUCUAACAACUGGGAUGAGAAGGCCGAAGCUGCUAUUGCCUCGGGAUCCGACAGUCUCCUCAGCUUCAACGAGCCUGAUGUCCCUAGUCAGGCCAACAUGUCUCCCCAGGAUGCUGCGAACGGUCACAAGCAAUUCAUGAACAAGUAUGCUGGCAGGGUCAAGAUCAGCUCGCCGGCCAUUUCCAGCAGCGAAAAUCCGGGCAUGGGUAUCGACUGGCUUAACCAGUUCUUUAACGCGUGCGGCGGCCAAUGCCAAGUUGACUUCUGCGCUGCCCAUUGGUACGGACCUGGAGGUGAUGACGGUGCGAACCUCUUCCUGGACCACAUCAAGAAGGUUCACGACGCUUGCCAGGGCAAACCUAUUUGGGUUACCGAGUUCGCGGCAACGGAUGGCGACAUCGACGAAUUCAUGAGAUCCGUCACCCAGGGACUGGACAGCGACGAGUUUGGUUUCGUCGAGAAGUACUCGUAUUUCAUGGUGAACCAAGGCAGCCUCAUGUCUUCGCCAACGGACUUGAGCUCAUUCGGCCGGAUCUUCGCAGGUAUCUAAGACGAUUCCCCUGAGGGAUACCAUUUCUAUUCUUUUAUCACUUUUGUUUUAGGUGGGGUUUAGGUUUAGGUUUAGGGGUAAGGGAUUUUGCAUUGCGAGGGAACACAAAACGUCGGCAUUUCACUUCUUUGUACAUAAUUCGACUGGUUUUUACCCGGUUGAGCCGCUGGAUAUCCAUCUGGAUCUGCUUUGCUUUACUAGGCUGUAAACAUGCGCGAAAGGAUAUCUUAGGAUCAAGGCAGAUUCAUGAAGAUACGAAUAACAACGAAUUGAAAUUCAUUCAAGUAUUGUUUUGCAGUAACAUAAUUGUAUUGUCGUCUUGCAGGUGUGAUGCAUCUUAUGGCUGUAAUCAACUCUAGCUACCUCAUAGUCUAGGUUAAACAAUUAAGCUAUGCUUUGCUAACGAAUGAAUUCCUCAACUUAAGUGAAUUGUUUAAGACCGUUAAUUAAAAUAUCUCUUCAAUUGAGAUGUCCAAGUAGAAUGUUGGGGAGAUUGUGACGUGAUUCCAAACUCAUAGGGGAACCAGAUAGGUAUAACCUAGGAAGGAUUCUCUACUGUUGGGUUCCCUUCACCCGCGCGAUUUAUAUGCGAACCACUAGACAUUACUAUAACUACCUACCUUAGGUACCUACCCA